AUGGUGUCUCUCUGGCCAUGGCGGGACGACACUUCCGCCGCGGGCUUUGAGAAGACGCUCUCGGCUCUGUCCACGAAGAUCACGAAGGCCAGCGCGCGGGGCGACCGCCUGCGUCAGAACUCCCGCAGAAGCAAGGUCAUGUGGACCCUGUACACAACCUUUGCAUACAUUCUCGCAGCCCUGAUCUUGACCCUGAUCACCGGCUGGCGGAACUGGGGCCCCGUCGAGUACACCGGCAUGGCCGGCGGUCCGCUUGUCAUUUAUGGCGUUCGUCAGGCAUUGGCCGCUUACUUCAACUACCGCAUCAACAACACCCAGUCCUACCUCGACAACCUCUACAAGGAGCGCGACGCUACAAUUGAGAAGCUCAAGGACGCUACCAAGUACAACUCUACGCAACAGUUGCUCGAGAAGUACGGCACCCCGAAGCCCUCGCCCAAGCAGGAGCCUUCCACGCCCGACCAGCGCCGGCCGUCAGGGGAUAGCAGGCCCUCUUCGGCCACUGGUGCACACUCGGGCCGCACCGGCUUUGCGCCUCCGCCUACGGCCAACAUUCCUCGCAACAACGUGCCACCCCCAUCUGAGGGAGGGUCGUCGCGCCCCGUCACGCCGGGCGAGGGCCAGCAAUUCCUGCCGCCUUUCCCGGCAGGCCAGCAGCAGCCGCCUUUCCCACCAGGUCCACAAGCUGGAGGACCCGUCGCGGGGGCAACCGAUGCUGACUUCGCGCCCAACGCUUUCCCUGCGCAGUAUGCCCCCGAGAGUCCCCGAGGACCGCAAUGGUACGAUCGCAUCUUGGACGUGCUGCUGGGCGAGGACGAAACCCAGCCGAAGAACCGCUUCGUGCUCAUUUGUGGGCACUGCCGCCUUGUCAACGGCCAAGCACCUCCGGGUACGAAGUCGCUGGAAGACCUGGGCAAGUGGAAGUGCAUGGGGUGCGGCGGCUGGAACGGCCAGGAGAAUGAAGCGCAAAAGCUCGUCAAGCAGAUCCAGCAACAGGAGAAGCAGGUGGGACCCAACAAAAAGCCUAGCGACGACGAUGCCGGCCCGGGCAAACCAAUCUGGAAAGUCACAGACGCAUCGCCGGAUAACAGUACGGACGAGUCGGGAGGUGAGGAGGCGCCGCCGUCCAGGUCCACCAGGAGCAGGACGAAGGGCAAGAAGUUUUAG